AUGGCCAAGUGGAUGUCUUCGAAGGGCGCCAGAAACAUCGUCCUUGUGUCGCGAAGCGCAUCUGUCAAUGAUCAGGUGCAGCAGCUGAUUGAUGAGCUGGCCGUUGAUGGCACCCACAUUACCGUCAAGGCGUGCGAUGUGAGCAGCCGGGCCUCCGUCGAGAAGCUUGUCAAGGAAGAUAUGAAAGACCUUCCUCCGGUGCGCGGUGUUGUCCACGGUGCUAUGGUUCUUCGGGAUAUCCUCUUUGAAAAGAUGACCUUGGAAGACUUCAACGCAGUCGCCGAGAGCAAGGUCGAAGGAGCCUGGAACCUCCACGACGUCCUCUCCGACUCACCACUAGACUUCUUCGUCGCCCUAUCCUCCGUCGCUGGCACAAUCGGUAACAGAGGCCAAGCCGCGUACGCCGCAGCAAACGUCUUCCUAGACGCAUUCAUGGAAUACCGCCGCUCGCAAGGCCUGCCUGGUACAUCCAUCGACCUCACCGCCGUCCGAGACGUCGGCUACCUGGCCGAGGUCGACAGCAAGCGCCAGCAGGAGGUUCUCAAGAACAUCGGCACAGACGGCAUGGACGAAGCCGAAGUCCUAGCCCUAUUCGCAGCCGCGAUCACGGGAGAUCUGACGCGAUCCUGUGGCGGGCACUGCAUCACAGGUCUCGAGCUCGGCAGCACGCUGGACCACUUCUGGGCGCAGGACGCCAAGUUCAGCAUUCUGUACGAGGAGGCCAAGGCGCGACAUGGCAGUGGCGCUGGUGCUGGAAAUGGACCAUCCGUUCCGCUGAACGCUCAGCUUGCCAAUGCGCCGUCCAAGGAGGAGGCGUUGCAGAUUUGUUAUGAGGCUCUGGCUGCGAAGCUGGCGCAAGUCCUUGUUAUUUCGCUGGAGGACAUGGAUCCUUCUAUUACUGUUGCCUCGUUGGGUCUGGACUCGCUUGUUGCAAUUGAGAUUCGCAAUUGGAUUGCCCGUGAGGCGAAUGCCAAUGUUCAGGUGUUAGAGCUCUUGUCUAGUGGGUCUUUGAUUGCGCUGGCAGAGAUUAUUCUUAAUAAGUCGCAGGCCUAG